AUGGACGAAACAUCCGUCUAUAGCUUUGUCCUCUUGGGUUUAUUGAUAUUUGCAAUAUUCUUCGUGGUAUUCACAAUAGUCAUGGUGUCUCGCUGUGAGUUACCGUCUUCAAUAAGUGCCCCCCUAAGAAACAGGGCGGUAAGAAGAGAGCAUGUCUCCGAUAUACAACUCAGAACUUUUUGGCCAUCCGCUCCAGCUCCCGUACCCCAACCUGAUAAUCUUGAUGUCGGAUGUAUCAAAAGGGCCCCCAGUGAAAUCAAGGAUUCCAAUUAUGAGAAUAGCAGGCCCUCUAGAGAUAGGGAUACAACAUUGCAGCGUCCAUCACCGGCAUUUCUAGCAAACACUUUCCUAACUCCAGGGUAUGACGAUCAGCCAACCCCUGCGGUAUCCACUAAGGCAUGGGGGACAGCCGGAAGGGUAUCGCCUAUCGGUUUCGCCGGUAUGAAUAUGACAUCACAUCGGGCGUGA